AUGUCGCUUGUCCAUCUCCCCGCGGAGAUCAUUCUCAUGAUUGAGAGCCACCUGGACUCCAAGAAAGACCUCAAUGCUUUAAUUCGCACGAGCCCACAUUUUGCUCUCAUGUUUGAGGGGAAACUCUACAAAACCAAUACGGCACACCAACACGUGUUUGUGAUCUCAUGGGCAGCCCAUCGAGGCCUCGCUGGCACUAUCCACAAGUGCCUCAAGGCUGGCGCCAAGCUCACACUGCGGGACCGAUUCAGGUCUCAUCUGAGAGCUCGCAAUGCCCCCGAGAUCAUGAAUAUCAUCCCCCGUCACCCGAGAUCACACCCUUUGACCGCAGCGGCCGCCAUUGGCUCAAUGUCUUGCGUCCGUCUUCUCCUUAAACAGGGCGUCAAUCCGAACUUGCUCGAUGAAUACUAUGAAACCCCGAUGAGACAGGCCGCAGGAAAUGGCCACGUGAAUGUCGUCAAACAUCUACUUGAUAAGUAUCCCGAUUCAUUCACGGGUGCUUUCAAGCUUCGACGACCUCUCCAUUUUGCCGCUGCUCGAGGCCACAUGGACGUGCUCAAAGCCCUGUCUUCUUUCCUUGAACAAUCUCCUCAACAGCUCACCGUCAAAGAAUCUGCUCAAAUAAUUCUGUACGAGGGACUCUGGCACCGCCACGAAGAUGUUGUCAGAUAUGCACUGAGAAAGGGCGCCGACGUGAAUAACGAAAGUCUCACCCCCACGUUGCGGUUUGCUCCGGAUAUACGUUCAGGUGAACGUCCCGACAGACCACGAACCAGACUCGUCCAAGCUCACAAGACCAUAGAAAAGAUUAAUGGGGUCAAAACCCCUGGCUGGUCAGGCGAAAUAUCCAAUCCACUCUAA